AAAUAAAACAAAACACUACAAUAUAAAGAAGAAAAUAAUAAAUGGAUGAAGAAAGAAGUAGUUGAAACGAACGUUUGCCUUCGACUUAGCUAUGGUCAGAUACUUUCCAAAUACGCUGAAAGACUACACGGAAGGCGCUGAAGUGUCUGUUACACAGGAGAAUGUUCGUUCACAGAUAGACGAGCAUAUCGGUACAAUUUUGAACAGACUACCGCCUUCACCCAAGCAUGUAGACGGAGGUCUUUACGUGGGCAUCGCCGGCGUCGCUUACAUGUUCUACCACUUAUCCAAUAACGACAAGCUAGCCGAAAAUAGGGCAUCAUAUCGCGAGAAAGCCUUUGAAUAUUUAAAUGUUGCAUUACAAAAUCCCACUCGGGAUAAAACCUCUUUUCUACUUGGCGAUGCAGGUACUUACGCUCUAGCCAGUGUGAUCAAGCAUAGUGUAGGCGACCACUCCUACACGGACAUGAUCAACGCCUACAGACAAUAUUAUAACUCAUUCUUGAACCCAAAUUUCUUGAAAUGCGGUGGAGAUGAAUUCUUCGUUGGCCGCUCCGGCUAUCUGGCUGGGGCUUUGUGGAUGGCCAGUGAAAUGAAAACAAAAGUGUUGACUGUGGAAGAAAUGCACAAAAUUUGCAAAGUUAUAGUGGAAUCUGGCAGGGAGUAUGCUAAAAAACAGAGGAGUCCGUGUCCCUUGAUGUACCAUUACUACAAUACGGAGUACUUGGGCGCCGCACAUGGAAUCAGUUUUAUACUGCAGAUGCUGCUGACUGUACCCGGGUAUCUGGAGAGUAAUGCGGCUUCAGCCAAAGACAUUAAAUGUACAAUAGAUUUUUUGGUUUCCAUUCAGUCUACGGAUGGUAACUGGCCGACUUGCAUGGAGGAACUGGAACAAAAAGAACACAAAUUGGUGCACUGGUGCCACGGUGCUCCCGGGGUCGUCUACCUUAUGGCUAAGGCGUUCCUCGUGUUCAAGAAUCAGGAGUAUUUGGAUGCUUGUAUACAAGCUGGGGAAAAUGUAUGGAACAAAGGCUUGCUGAUGAAAGGCCCUGGAAUUUGCCACGGAGUCGCUGGCAAUGGCUAUGUUUUCCUGCUGCUCUACAGACUGACAAAUGAUGUUAAAUAUUUGCAUAGAGCUAAAGCUUUUGCUGACUUCAUGAAUUCCGAUCAGUUCCUGUCCGAUGCCAGGGUCCCGGACAACCCAGAGACAUUGUAUGAAGGCACAGCUGGCACUGUUUGCUUUUUGGCUGACCUUCUAGUGCCAGAAAAGGCUCAUUUUCCUUUCCAAGACGUUUUUGGAACAUAAUAAUACCUUUUCUGUACUCAAC